UAAUAUCCCAUUUCCAUCCUUCAAAUUUCUGGGUAUUAUUCCUUGACACCAAUCAAAGAUUUACCGGAAACACUGAAAUCACACAUUUUAAAUAUUACUAAAUAUAUAUGUCAUAACAGAUGAAGGAAAAUGAGCAACUGAUGAGGCCUAAUUAUGACAACAACAUCAAUUAGCGCAAAAUCUGUCUCUUUAUCCCUGUUGUUUUUCCUUUACUUUCUUGUACCAGUCAUUGAUGCCGAGCGAACAUUCCGUGUGAUACAAAGACAGCAUAGCUUUCCCAAUCCACACGCCAAGCGUCGAAAGCCAAAAGUUAGCCUCUGGGAAAACGCUCAUGCCACUUUCUAUGGAGAAGCCGAUGGCUCCGGAACUAUGGGUGGAGCCUGCGGUUACGGGGACCCCAAAGAACAAGGCUACGGGUUACAGACGGCGGCGCUGAGCAAAGCUCUGUUCAAGAAUGGUGAAACCUGUGGAGCUUGUUACGAGAUAAAAUGCGUUAAUGACACCAAAUGGUGUCUUCCCCGACACCGUUCUAUUAUUGUGACGGCCACCAACUACUGCUGGCCAAAUUACCAGCAGUCCAGUGACGCCGGGGGAUGGUGCAAUCCGCCGCGCGAGCAUUUCGACUUGGCUCAGCCAGCAUUCCUUCGGAUUGCUCAGUACAAAGCUGGCAUUGUUCCUGUUCAAUAUCGAAGGGUUGCAUGCAAAAAGAAAGGAGGCAUAAAAUUCAUGGUGAAUGGGAGCCGUGACUCGACAGUGGUGUUGGUUUGGAAUGUUGGAGGUGCUGGUGAUGUUGAGAGCGUGUGGGUGAAGGGGGAGAAGAGUGUAAAGCUAUGGAGGAAAAUGAAGCGUAAACGGGGACAAGGAUGGGAGACGGGGGGUGUAGUUUUGGUAGGGGAAUCCUUGAGUUUUAGAGUCCAAACUAGCGACGGCAGAACUUCCACUUCCAUGCGUGUUGCUCCUAACAACUGGCGCUUUGGUCAGACAUUUCAAGGCACCAAUUUUAAGUAGACAGGACACGACCUAGGUCUCCCUUCUUUUUGUCUUUUUUACAUAUUUCUGUUAGUUAUUAGGAAUCAGGAUUUGGGUUCUGUAUUUUUAUUGUUUAGAAAUUAACGUAGACCCAUGUAUGUAUUAUAAUUAGGGAGUUUAGAGUUGUGAUGCGUCAGUAUAUUUUAUUAUUAAGGGAGACGAGACUUUUAGUGCUCA